AUGUACGACUACCUCGCAAAGAUCAUCCUCCUCGGUCCCUCGUCGGCCGGGAAGUCCUGUCUCUUGCACCGCUUCGUCAACUCUUCCUGGCGCAUUCUCUCCUCGCAAACCAUCGGCGUCGAGUUCGCUACCAAAAUCGUAAAAGUCGGCGACGGCAACCGCAGAAAGAGAAUAAAGCUGCAACUCUGGGACACUGCCGGUACGGAACGCUUCAGGAGCGUGAGCAGGAGUUACUACCGUGGUGCUGCUGGCGCAAUCCUGGUCUACGACAUCACGAGCAGGGACAGUUUUGCACAGCUAGGCACGUUUCUGAAUGAUGCGCGCGCUCUGGCGAGUCCGCAUCUGACACUGCUAUUGGCGGGUAACAAAGCCGAUCUUGCCGACCCUGUCGACAGCGAUGCAGAGAGCGACGAUGAAAUCGAUGAGACCGGUUCCCUCUCACCACCAUACGGACACACACCCUCAAGUUACGAUUCGCGCAGGUUCGACAGCAUCGCAUCCAGAGGCACCAUACCGCGAGGCGGCAACGGCUCACGCGCCACUUUUGCGCCCGAUGGCCGACAAGUUUCAGCCACUCAGGCGACACAAUGGGCGACUUCGCAAACAAUUCCUCUCGCUGUCGAAGUAUCGGCUUUCAACGGUGAUGGUGUGAAUGAGCUGUUCAACCGUCUCGCUCGCAUGAUUCUGGCAAAGAUUGAGUUGGGCGAGAUUGAUCCUGACGACCCGCUCUCGGGCAUUCAGUAUGGCGACAGUUUAUCUUGGGCUGUCGACGAUGGAGGCAGCAGUAUCAAGAGCGGUAUGGACGGACCAAGGAGACGGAGGAAGAGAGCGGGUACAGGCCAGUGGGCUUCUGGCCUACGCGAAUGGGAAGAGGUGUUCAGACUCGACGGACCUAGACGAAGAGGCUGCUGUUAG